AUGGUCAGGUCAGAAGGGUGUACCGGGUCGCAGGCCUUGGACGACAUGGUAAUGGGGACGAACAACAGCAGCAUCGCCUCCAAACGCAGCGUUGAGCGUCUGUACCACUCGAAUGAGGUCCCUUUCUUCCGUUAUUUUGUCCCAAAAUUUCAGAGGAGGGCGCCUCUCAUCAACAGAGGCUAUUGGCUACGCCUGCGGGCAAUCGAUGUCGUUGUACAGCGCUUCCUCUCCAAGGAGACGACAGGGAAGAAAGUCGUGAUCAACCUUGACCUCAUGCACAAGAAACGGGCUGUUGUUUUGCAGACACCAGAGCUACGGAAGCUCCUUGAAGAUGACUAUACAAUGAGCGACGGGGGCAAAGAUGGCCUGCUCUUACGCAGCGCCAAGUAUUGCCAACUUGGGUGUGAUCUUCGGCAACUCGACAGACUACGCGUCUUGCUCGAAUCAGUCGUGAGCCUCUCUGAGUGUGCCAUUCUGUUUGUGGCUGAAGUUUCAAUCACGUACAUGGACACUCAAUAUGCCGACUCUCUCAUCGAAUGGGGGAACACUGUUGGCCGAGAGAACGACUUUUGUCUCUUGGAACAGAUAAUUCCGUAUGGGAAGGGCCAUCCCUUUGCCCAGCAGAUGCUCAGCCAUUUCGUCAAGCUCAACACUCCUCUGCGCUCCAUUGAGCAGUAUCCAAGCAUUGAGAGCCAAGUAAACCGAUUUCGGGAACGUGGCUGGCCUCGUGUCGACAUAAAGGACUUGUGGCAGACAUGGUCGAGCGAUCAGUUUCUGAGCGACUCGGAGCGGAUGGCUCUUGAUGACGUCGAGCCCUUCGACGAGUGGGAAGAGUUCAUUCUUUUUGCACGCCACUAUUUCAUCCUCCAUGCAUCUACCGAUUCGAGAGCCGGCUCAUUUCCACAGACAAUUGGACCCAUCACCAGCGAGCCGCCGAAGCAAUUUGUAGGCCUGCGCGCCGAAAGGAGUGAUGGCAUUACGAAGGAGAGCAGCCGGCGACGAUUCGGCAAUAGCAUGAUCCUAAACAACGCAUUUGGGAAACGAUACGCUCUGAAUUUACUGGGAAUGAGCCUUAACAGCAGGGAGCCGACUUAUGAUAUCUUUUCACUUGAUGACCAACAUCAAGCGCCGCCGCAACUGCCGUCUGCUGGACCAUCUGCUCGGAUGUGUUUUACAUUGACAGACCUGGGAGAAUAUGGGGUCAUGCUAGUCGGUGGCCGUACGUCCCCCUCUAGUGUUCUGUCGGACUGCUGGCUCUUCGAAAGAGGUGCCAAUCCGCGCUGGCGCAUGAUGCCGAAAUUGCCUGUUCCGUUAUUUCGGCACUCUGCUCUUCGCCUGGGAAACUCAUCUCUUCUCCUCAUCUUUGGGGGAAAGAAAAGCCCAUCGCAGCUCUCGGAUGAUGUCUUUCUUUUCAACCCACAAAGAGCGUGCUGGCAAACAUGCCAGGUGGUGGGGAAUGCUCCCGAGAGCUGCUUCGGAUCCUUUCUCUGUAAUUCGAGCCCUGCGUCAAGCAUCACUGGUGAUUAUUGUGGCGUCCUAGGAGGGGGAAUUUUGAAGAAUGGCUGCAUUGCUACUAAGCAGUAUACAUGGCGGAUAAACGUCAAUGAUGCUCAGCCGACCAUUUUAUUUCGCCCCAUGACCAUCGAUCCAUCUGACAGCAGGCUUAUUUCUUCGUUUGGUGCCCAAAUAGUUCAGUUGGGACCCCAUGCGAUGAUUUGUGGCGGCAUGGGAGCAGACGCAUGCUUAAACGGACAGACUCUGACCAUAAUCACGCCUUCUGCUGAAGGACUUGAGGUGAAGGACUUUUCAACUCCAGGCAAUAGCGAGCGUAUGCCUUUCAUGAUUGGCUCUUCAAUUGUGCAAGACGGCGACUCUCUCCUGGUAAUUGGUGGAGGAGCAACAUGUUUUUCAAUGGGGACGUUUUGGGACACAGGCGUUUACAGAAUUCGGCUGCCUGACGCUAUUCUGGACGCUAUCCACUCAGCCUCACGGCUCAACAGCCCUGCUGGAUCAAGCAUCAAUCUCGUUGGAAGUCGGAAAUUCGUGGCGGCCUCGGCAACUACAGGCUCUGAUGUUCCAGACAACCUGAACCAAGAAAGUCGGAGGGUAUCUUUGACCUACGUGCCCACUAUUCAGCUCGAAUCAGCCGAACAGUUCCGUACGAUUGUUCGUGAAGGGAAGCCUGUCAUUCUCAGAGGUUGCAAUAUUGGACAAUGCCAACAAAAGUGGACUCCUGAAUACCUGGUGAGCCAGAUUGGCGCGGAUGAGAAGUUUGUCAUACAUGAAUCACACGAAGAUUCAGGGGCACUGGACUUCAACAGCAAGAACUUCAAAUAUGUGACAGACUCCUUCGGGAGCAUCAUGGGCAAACUGCAGGCCGGGGCCAGGGUCUAUUUACGAGCUCUGUCCCGAGACAAGCCCACUGAAGUACCGGCCAAGCUAGAAGAAGAUUUCCCGAACCUAGCGGAAGACUUUGUGCUUCCACCCGAGAUGGCAUAUAUCAAUGACCACCUUUUCAGCUCUGUUCUGAGGUUGUCUGGACGUGUGAACAUGUGGUUGCACUACGACGUCAUGGCCAACGUCUACGCACAGGUGACUGGGAUUCGGAAAAUGAUUCUAUUUCCCCCCAGUGACGUGAAGCACCUUUCCUUUGCACCCGGUGCGUCUAGCUCGAGCGUGAAUGUCUUCCAGGCACUCGAAACGUCUCCCUUUUCGCUCCAGGCGACCCAUCCGCAGGAGGCUGUACUCCAUCCUGGGGACAUCUUGCUACUGCCGGCUCUGUGGUUACAUACCGCGGCUCCAGUAAGCGAUAUGAGCAUUGCAGUCAACGUUUUCUUUCGGGAUCCGGGCCAGCAAGAACAUUAUUCUUCCGGCCGAGAUGUCUAUGGUAACAAGGAUUUUGAAGUGUACGAGAGAGGGAGGCAAGCUGUCGCUCGGAUUGCGAAAAGCUUGCAGUCGCUGCCUCCUGUUGCCAGAGAAUUUUACCUUUGCCGACUUCAAGAAGAAUUGAGACUGGCUACCGAGGCCUAG